AUGGUGCCUCCUCAUAGAAACCAUAAUUUCCGUCCGGAAAAUGUUUUGAAAAGAGCUGAAGAUUUGAUCGCUGUUGGUCAAUCUGAAGCUGCAUUGGAAACUUUGUAUGACUUCAUCACAUCGAAGAGAAUCCGUUACUUGGCAGUGGAGGAUUUGGAGCCUAUUGCAUUACUACUUAUUGAGCUAGCAGUUAACUUAAGAAGAGGUAAAUUAGCCAAAGAUGCGUUACAUCAGUACAAAAAGAAUGUGCAGUUAUCGGAGAAUGGGUUAGAAUCAGUGCAAGUGAUUGUCAGAAGGUUCACCAGCUUAGCCGAAAAGAAAUUAGAUGAAGCUCAAACUAAGGCAGACACAAAGAUAGAUCAAGAUGAAGAAGAUGAUUUGGAGACUUCUCAGACUCCUGAAAGCAUUUUGCUUUCAGCUGUUUCAAAUACCGACUCAGCUGACAGAACUGAGAGAGAGUUGGUCACACCUUGGUUGAGGUUCUUGUGGGAAGCCUUUAGGGCAUGUUUAGAUAUCUUGAGAAAUAAUUCCAAAUUGGAGGUUACUUACUCUGCUAUUGUCAAUCAGGCUUUCAAAUUUUGCUUGAACUUCAAUAGAAAGUCUGAAUUCAGGAGAUUAUGUGAAUUGUUAAGAGCACAUAUGCAAUCUGUUACUAUGCCCACAAAAAUUACCAAUAAUAACAAUAAUGCUAUUGAUUUGUCUGACACCGAAACUGUCCAGCGUUAUUUAGAACAAAGAUUUGCUCAGUUGAAUAUUGCAGUAAAAUUGGAGUUAUGGCAGGAGUCUUUCCGCUCUGUUGAUGACGUUCAUACUUUGAUAACUGCAUCAAAGAAGGCACCCAAACCUAACAUGAUGACUAAUUACUACGAAAACUUAGCUAGGAUCUUUGCUGUUUCUGACAACAGUUUAUUCCAUGCUGCUGCUUGGAAUAAGUUUUUCAACUUGUAUUCGCAGUCACCAAAUGCAACAGAUAAGGAGUUAGGUCAUUAUGCUUCUAUUCUUGUCUUGGCAACGUUGGCAACACCUCAAAAGACGAUAGGUAAUGAAACAGUUGUUGAUGAUCACAAAGCGAAGAACUCGAAGCUCUCUUCCUUGUUGAAUCUUAAUCAUGUCCCUUCAAGAAGCAGCUUAUUGAAAUCUAUUGUUAAUAGAUCGAUUUUAAGCUACGUCACGCCUUGUGUCAAAGAGUUAUUCGAUGUUUUGGAAGGAGGUCAAUUUCACCCUCUUACUAUCAAAGAGAAAGUUGUUCAAGUAUUUAAAGUCAUUGAAAAGGAUGCUGAUUAUAAAUCUUAUAUUCCUACUUUGACUGAGGCAAUUUUAAUAAGACUCUUCCAACAAGUUUCUCAGGUGUAUGAAGCUGUGAAAUUGGAAUUUUUGGUUUCCUUAGGUACUUUCACUGGAAUCGAGUACACAUUAACUCCUCUUCAAGUGGAAGAGCUAAUUGUGAAUGCCGCUAAGGAUGGUUAUUUGUCCUUGCUUAUCGACCAUGAGUCAGAUGUCAUUACAUUCAAGUCCAGUCCAUUUGAAGAAUCCUUCAAUGACUCAAUUAAUGAUAAGCUUCAAGCAUCUCCCGCAGAACUUGUUCGCACUCAGUUGUCGAAACUUGCUAAGACGUUAUCCUCUUCAAUUCAAAUCAUCGACCCUGAAUAUGAUAUUCGCCUUGAGAAAAAUCGGGAAAUUGCAUUAAGAAAUGCAAUGAACGAUAUUGUUAGGGAACAAGAGCAACUUGCUAAUCGUGCUAAGGUGAUGGAGGAACGUAAGCGUAUUACUGAGAAGGAGAGACGUGAGCAAGAGGAACAAGCUUCAAGGAUCAGACAAGAAAGAUUAGUCGCGGAGCAAAAGGCUGAACAAGAGAGAAUGGUCGCUGAACAAGAAAGAAGAAAUAUUGAAAGAUUAGAAAGAGAGAAAAACUUAGUCAGAGAAAAGGAGAAGAGGAAAAUUGCUGAAGAAAUUAAUGCAAAGGGUAUUAUUACUAUUGAUAUGGAUAAUUUGGAUGACUUGGAUCCUGAUAAGUUACGUAUGAUGCAAAUUGAGCAAUUAAACAAAGACAAGAAAAUUUUGGAAGAGAAGCUCAAAUUGUUGUCGAAGAAGAACGACUACAUGGAAAGAGCAUUCAGGCGUUAUGAGUUGCCAUAUUUAGAGAAAGAUGCCGAGAAGCAAAAAGCUGAAGAAUUGACUAAUUACGAAAAUCUCAAGACUGCUAAGAUUGAGAAAGCCAAGAAGGAACAUAAGGAAGCACUUGAGCUCAAGGAUAGAUUACUGCGUAUAUUGCCUGACUAUACUUCAUUCAAAAAAGUUAUUGACGAGAAAAAUAGCUCUAAGUUAGCGGAAUUAAAGGCAAAAGCCAAUUCUGAUUUGCAGAAAGCAAAGGCUGCUCGUUUAGAUGAAAUCAAGAGAGCCAGAUUAGAGGAUUUGAGAGAAAUCCGCCAAGAAGCUCAAAGAGAAGCAGAGGAAGAGGCUCUCAGAAGGAAGAAAGAGGAAGACUUGGCUAAGUGGAAAGAAGAACUUAGAUUGCAAAAAGAAAAAGACGCCGAAUUCCUCAAGAAGAGACAAAUGGAAGCUGAGAUGAGAAGCAAUGGUCAAGCACCGACUUCAACCUCUCCUGCAGCUCCUAGCGCACCUCUUACUCCUGCUGCAUCAGCUGCUGCGUCAGCUGCUGCAAGGGCUGCUCCAGAGCUUGUUGCUUCUCCUCCACCAGCUGAAUCUAAACCUUUAACAUUUGCUGAAAAGAUGAGAUUAAAGAGACUUGGUAAACAAGCAUGA